AUUUGUAAUGCUGCCUUAAGGAGAUAAGGAGAUGAGAGCAAAUUGUUCCAGCAGCUCAGCCUGCCCUGCCAAUAGUUCAGAGGAGGAGUUGCCAGUGGGGCUGGAGACCUAUGGGAACCUGGAACUUGUUUUCACAGUGGUGUCAGCCAUGAUGAUCGGCCUGCUAAUGUUCUCCUUGAGAUGCUCUGUGGAGAUCUGGAGACUCUGGUCACACAUCAGGGGACCCUGGGGCAUUGCUGUGCGACUGCUCUGCCAGUUUGGGCUCAUGCCUCUUGCUGCCUAUCUCCUGGUCAUCAGCUUCUCUCUAAAGCCAGUCCAAGCUAUGGUUAUCCUCAUCGUGGGGUGCUGCCCAGGGGGAACCAUCUCAAACAUUUUCACCUACUGGGUUGAUGGAGAUAUGGAUCUCAGCAUCAGUAUGACAACCUGUUCCACAGUGGCUGCCCUGAGAAUGAUGACAUUCUGCCUUUAUCUCCACACCUUGUCCUGGAAUCUUGAGCAGAAUCUCACCAUUUCAUAUCAAAACAUAGGAGUUAUCCUUGUGUGCCUGACCAUUCCUGUGGCCCUCAGUGUCUAUGUGAAUUAUAGGUGGCCAAAACGAUCCAAAAUUAUUCUUAAGGUAAGCAACUCCAUGGGACAGUUAGCAUAUUUCAGAAUCAGAGACUUGACAAAUAGACAUAGGCAAUGA